AUCUCCUCUGUUUUCAUUUUUGGGGGCAAGUUUUGAACAAAUUGAAGGAGGAAGCUUCCAUUGAGAAAAGAUAGAGAGAGGAACUAGAGCAAGUUAUAGCAGCACUAGAUAACAAAAGAGAAGCUUCUCGAUGAAACUACCCCAACUUAAUCUUCACAGUUUCUCUCACCUUUUUUGUUUUCUUAACAACCAAUCACAAAUCGCCAUUUCCAAUUAGGGUAUAAUCGUGACCCCUUCAAACCCUAACUACACAUUUAAUUAUUCUCUUCGAAUCUCAUCGAAUCGAAUCGAAUGCUGUAGCAGCUACCUCAUCCAAUGGCUUCAUCGGAGAUCGAGGUAGUAUCAUCGGGUUCCAAGCCCAACGAAAUCUACGAGCAGCCUCCUAUCCUCGACGUCUUCACUGCCUCUUCUUAUGGUGACUUUAUCAAAUUGAGGACCUUUGUGGAACAAGAUGGUGCCUCCGUUUCUGUUCCCGAUGUUAAUGGUUAUUAUGCUCUUCAAUGGGCAUGCCUUAACAACUUCCAUCAGAUUGCGCAAUAUCUCAUUGAGUUUAAUUUAACUGUACUUGGGUGGGUCUUUGUGUUGAAGCAUGGGGCUGAUGUCAAUGCUACAGACAACAUACAACAAACGGCAUUGCAUUGGGCGGCAGUUCGUGGUUCAAUUGCUGCUGCUGAUGUGCUCUUGGAGAAUGGUGCUCGGGUUGAAGCUGCAGAUAUAAAUGGAUUCCGGGCAGUUCAUGUUGCCGCCCAAUAUGGACAGACAGCUUUCUUAAAUCAUAUUGUUGUAAAGUAUCAUGCUGAUUUUGAUGUGGCUGAUAAUGAUGGAAGGAGUCCUCUUCAUUGGGCUGCAUAUAAGGGAUUUGCUGAUACAAUAAGAUUGCUUCUAUUUAGAGAUGCAAGUCAAGGAAGACAAGAUAAAGAUGGUUGUACACCGUUGCAUUGGGCUGCAUUAAGAGGAAAUGCAGAGGCAUGCGCUGUGCUUGUACAUGCAGGCACAAAGGAAGAACUGAUGGUGAAGGACAAUGCUGGAUUCACUCCUGUACAGCUUGCAUAUGAUAAAGGUCAUCGGCAUGUCGCCCCUUUCCUUUCUAAUCAACUACGGUCUCAUAGCAACUACUGGAGAGGCAAACUUUGUAGUGGGAUGGUGACAGAUAUUGGUUAUGCUCCCAUCUUAUUUUGUAUUAUAGUCUUCCUCAUGAUCCUCUUCAUCAACUCAGUUGUUGCAGCUCCUAGUCUUAUAAAGAUUACUGCUGUUGUUGGACUUUGGGCAUGGACUGCUCUUUCUUUGGCAGUUGGUGCCCUGAUUAUGUUUUAUAGGUGUAGUAGUAAAGAUCCAGGUUAUAUAAAACGGCCAAGAGACUCCGGUACUCAAAGUGAUACAGAGGAUCCUUUAUUGAAUAUUGAUCUGAAUAGUUCGUCUGUUUGGAUGGGAAAUUGGUCUCAACUUUGCCCUACCUGCAAGAUAAUAAGACCUGUCCGAUCUAAGCAUUGCCCUACUUGUAAGCGUUGUGUGGAACAGUUCGACCACCAUUGUCCUUGGAUAUCCAACUGCGUUGGAAAGAGGAACAAAAGGGAUUUCUUUAUUUUUGUUUGCUUGGCAACUUUGUCUUCUAUCCUUUCUGGUGCCAUUGCGGUUCAAAGAAUUUGGACAUCUACAUCAGCAAUAGCGGCUGGAGAAACAUGGAUCCAUCAUGUGUUAGUAAGACAUCCAGGUGUUGUUGUAUUUUUGGUGAUGGAUGCCUUUGUUUUCCUUGCAGCUACAACUUUAACGAUAACACAGACUUACAUGAUAGCUCGAAAUCUGACCACGAAUGAACAUGCAAAUUCAUCCCGCUAUGAGUAUCUUCGAGGUGCCGAUGGGCGGUUCAGAAACCCAUAUAACCAUGGUUGUUGGAAGAAUUGUAGCGACUUCGUUUUCUUGGGCUACACCAAUGAUGAUGAUAUUGCUUGGCCUCCAUUGCAGCAGGUGGCGUCUUAAGAACUAUCUCCCUUGCUGUGUCCAUGCAUCCUUUGUUGUAGUAUUACAUAAUUCUAAUUCGUAGAUAUAUAGAUGAUAGUCAUUUGCAGCUAGGCUGUUCAUUCACUGACACAUGUACAUUUGAUUAGAGAGCACAAAGAAAUAAAACAAUUUUCUUUGAGCCUUCAGAAAAUACAAGUGCAAUUUUUUUGGUGGGAUAUUCAUUACUUUCGAUUCCGAAGGA